ACCCUCCCUCUCUUUCUCUCACAUCCUCUCUUGUACGUUGGAUCAAACCGCUCAAAACGCCACCCUGACACAGUUGCAGUCUUCCUCUCUCUCUCUCUGUGUUGGUCCCAUGGCGUCACGUUUCCUUGCGACUACAACAUUCAGGAACGGUCUGCAGAAACACCAUCUCUCUCUCUCUCUCUCUCAUCCGAAAAAGAGGAAGAAACAAGACAAACCAAAGAAUCUCUGGGAAGAAACCCAAAAGAGAACUCACCAAAUCCCGUCCUCCCUCCCAAUUCUGGUUUUCCUACUCCAUUUUUUGUUAAAAAUACGAACUCCCAACGUCCCUUCUUUUAUUAUUCCAGGAGCCAAUAUUCUCCCAUCGUUUCUCUUCUAUCUAUCCUUCCCUUGUUGUUCUGUGUUAUUGUUUCUCUCCGUUCCUGUGUCAAUCGAUAGUCCAUUGGCCAACAAGCCCACCCUUCUCAGCGACCAACUUCUCCUGGUUCUUCAACGCCCCAUUUUUCCUACCAUCUUUCUGUAUCCUGGGUUGUCUUGUUUCCUGGGUUGUCUUGUUUCCUUGCUUAUCAUCUUUUUCUUCCUUCUCCCGACUUGGGGCUUGCGUGGGUCUCUGCCGUUUUGAGGCUCUACUCGUCGAUUUUUGUAGCAUGAAGUGCUUCUACUUCUCUCAUGGCGAGAGGAGGGAGGCGGAGGAGGAAGCAGCGAACUGCGGGAACAACGGCUCCGUCGUCAGCGGCGGAAGCAGCCUGGUCAGAGUUUCGUGGGCGUGGUCGAUCGGAGGCGGGGCGUCGAAUGCGAGCAAUGUGGAGGGAAGAUCGUCGGGGCUUGAAUCGACGUGCUCCGAUUUCAGGUGGAGGAAUUUGUCCAGGAGCAGGAACGAUCUCCGCGUCUUCGAGUUCGCGGAGCUGAAGCUGGCGACGAAGGGGUUCAGUCGGGCGCUGAUCAUUGGUGAGGGGGGGUUCGGGUCUGUGUACAAGGGCGUCGUCGGCGCCACCCAUGAUCCCAACGCGAAGAUGGAGGUUGCCAUUAAGCAAUUGAAUCGCAACGGCUUGCAGGGGCACAAGGAGUGGAUGACAGAAGUCAAUUUUCUUGGUGUGGUGAAGCACCCAAACCUUGUCAAGUUAGUGGGAUAUUGCGCUGAGGAUGGUGAAAGAGGGAUCCAAAGGCUCUUGGUUUAUGAGCUUAUGCCAAAUAGAAGCCUUGAGGAUCAUUUGCUGGCUCGAUUUUCAGAGCCUCUUCCAUGGGUUCUUAGAUUGAGAAUUGCCCAGGAUGCUGCUCGUGGUUUAGCAUAUCUACAUGAGGAAAUGGAAUUUCAGCUAAUUUUUCGAGAUUUCAAAGCAUCAAACAUCCUUCUGGAUAGCAACUUCAAUGCAAAGCUCUCAGAUUUUGGUCUAGCAAGGGAGGGACCGGCUGAAGGUUUUAGUCACAUUUCUACCGCUGUUGUUGGCACCAUUGGCUACGCCGCUCCAGAGUAUGUCCAGACUGGGAGAUUGACUGCAAAAAGUGAUGUCUGGAGCUAUGGAGUAGUUCUCUAUGAACUGAUGACCGGCAGGCGGUCAGUGGACAAAAAUCGGCCAAGAAGUGAGCAGAAACUUUUGGAAUGGGUUAGACCAUAUGCAUCAGAUCCCAAAAGAUUUCGUAUCAUAAUGGACGCAAGACUUGAGGGGCAGUACUGUUUAAAAUCCGUGCAGAAACUAAUUGCUCUUGCUAAUAGAUGUCUGAUGAGGCAACCACGGUGUCGGCCGAAGAUGAGUGAGGUGGUUGAGUCCCUAAAUGAGAUCAUUGAAAUUGCUCAUAUUGGAAGCCAAGAAGCAGCAGAUAAAUCUCUAUCCUCUGUUGUGACUGGAUUGGAGAAGAUUCGCAGCAACUCGAAGCGAAUUUUUGACUUUAAGGAGAAAUUAAUUCACAUGAGGAAUAAGGAAAAUAAGGGGUUGGGUGUUCCUAAAAAACAGGAGGGAGGUUAGCAACCUUACGCACAGCAGUAUUCAUUGAUAUUGUUUCAAAGGGGUUGAUUGAAGGAAAAAAGGGUUGAUUUGAGGUCCAAUUUCUUGGCAAGCGGCAGAUAGACCAUGGAAUGCCCAUCACUGUCAUCUCUCUUUCUUCGAGGAUUGAACUGAAAGAUCAAGGACCCGUCCAUCAUUCGUGGAGAUGCAUUGGAGGGUGAUGUAAAUAUGUUUUUCCAGGUACAUUUGUAAAUUCAUUUCAGGAAUGCAGCUUUUGUCAUUCAAAUGUAUUAUAAGUGCCUUAUUGU